AUGGUUGGAAAAAUUUCCCUUUUUGCAUUAGGUCUGGCUUCAGCAGUCUUAGGACAGAGUAAGGAUUACCCUGGUGUUGUAUCACAAAAUGAGAACGGUCCAACAAACCCGGAUACACCAGAGCUCGAUACAGACACACCUGAAGAUUCUGAAGCGCGUUUACUCACAAUCAACAACAUAGACGACUUCUGUAUCUUUGGUCCAAAGGAUGCUGACCAACCUAUUGGUGACACAGAAGCAGAACAAGUAGCUUGGUGUACUCAACCACGUAACAACGCUCGCUUAAUUCCAGAGGGUACAUUCAGCGGUGUUCACUUCACAAAGACACCUUACUAUAUUCAGCUCCAGGGUUGGGGUGAUCUCACGAAAAUUGGUGUCAAGGAUGGUGAUUACGGUGGAGAACUUGAUCCUCAUGGUGCAAAGGACCUUGGUAACCCUAUUGGUGGUAAUGUUACAUCAAAUAUUAGCGGCGAAGAUACAUUUUACGAAGAAUGGAUGGAGUUUAUCAGCUUUGAACAAUUCUGUCUCAGAGUUUGUACCGCGGGUGAUGAUGAGUUCCCAGCUGCUGUCAUGUGUGAACACAAGCUCGAUAUUAUGGGUUGUGGUUUCGUUAUGCCAGGUGAUUAUAGUGAAAAGAACUUCCAAACGUGUGAUGCUGAUGCAGCUUAUCCUCCGGGAAUUUACCCAGUUGAAGACGGUUCCUACUCUUCUUUCGCUCAAAGAUGGACAGGCACGAUAACUCAAACUGAUGGCGUCGAAACUGUCAUUACUGUUGGUGACACAGAAACACCAUCAACUGUACCAAUGACACCAAGCUCAUCUAACUGUGUAACUCAAUCAAGUCUUAAUAUGUAUGUCGAAAGCGAAAGCGAAAGCUCAAGUCCUAAACCAACAUCAAACAAUUCAUCAUCAAACGAUGACUCAAGCGCACCAAAGAGCGCAGUCGCGGGUGUAAUUCUCACAUUCUCCAUUGCAGGAUUAUCAGCUCUUGCAAUCUUGUCAUAAACUUGUAUCUAUUACUAAGGUGAAAAUUUGAUAUUUUACAAUAACG